AUGACAAAAGUUGGAUCCAACCGUAGACGGCGUCGUUUGAAGAAGCGCAUGGCGAUGGCUUUGCCUUUGUCUUUGCCUCUGCCUCCUAGGAUAUCUAAGGUCAUAGAAGUCAACAAAAAUGUUGAAAUCCCGAUUCCUGAUAGCUCAACUAGAGCCAUAGAAGAUAACCGAAGUGACACUCAAAUUUCACAAGAAUCAAGCAACAACAUUUCCAACGAUGAAUGGUUGAUUUCUGUAAAAAACUAUGACGACAAAACUGUCAAACCCCAAAUACAAAGGAUUCCAUCAUUGCUGCGUGAGAAACAAUCCAACAAAAAAUGUUAUGAUCCUCUCGUAGUUUCGAUAGGCCCUUAUCAUCAUGGAAAGCAGCUCGAUUCGCAUCAUGAAAAGCAGCUCGAUGCAUUCGAGAAGCUAAAAAUUCCAAUCGCGCAGAAAUUCUGGCAUGCCUGUGAAAAUAAAGUAUCCAUCGAACAGAUAUAUGAAGCGGUGGCAAGGGAGGGUAAUAGUGCCCGCGAAUGCUAUGAGGAAGGCCCGACUGAUGAAUCGUUCAACAAAAUGAUGUUUCUUGAUGCUUGCUUUGUGCUUCAUUUUAUGUCCGUCUUCGAAACUGAAAGUAAUUAUUCCAAUGGGACAGAUAUGAAAAAUCCACUGGGACCACUACUGCCUUGGAGUUCCUACCUUACUUUUGUGUGUAGGGACUUAUUCUUGCUAGAGAAUCAAAUUCCUUCACAAGUACUAAAAGUUUUGAUGAAAUUCAGGUUCAAAAAUGAAAGCGAGGGGACAAUGUUGAUUCAGAAUUUCCUUGAUAAGAUGACCACCAUAAUGCCACCUCAGGAAAGGACACACACUAAUGCUGUCAAGAAAGUUGUGCAACGAAUGAUGGGAUGCAGUGUUCAGAAAAAGGAGGAACGGAAAAUAAAUAUGGAUGAAUGCCAUCACCUUCUACAUCUAGUUCGGGAACAGUUGAUCGGGUCAUCUCCUGAAGACAAAAACGAGAAGAAAUCUGUCAAAUGCCUUCUAUAUCUAGAUCAGCUCGUCGGAUCAUCUCCUGAAUACAAAAAGGAGAAGAAAUGGUAUUCGUAUCAUUCAGUAACGGAGCUCAAAUCAGCAGGAAUUCAUUUCAGACCAAGUCAAACUAACCAUGUUACUGAUGUAAAGUUCAAAUCUCACCUUUUUUCUGGUACUCUUACACUUCCUCGAAUCAUGGUUGAUGAUACAACAAAACCUUUGCUAUUAAACUUGGCGGCUUAUGAAAUGUGUCCCGGUGGCCCUUCUGAUUUUCGCAUUAUGUCAUACAUUUGCCUAAUGAAUUCACUCAUUGAUCAUGCCGAUGAUGUUAAAGAGCUCCGAAGAAAAAGAAUUCUUGUCAACAAUUUAGGCAGUGACGAUGAAUUGGCGCAACUCUUUAACGAGAUAUCUAAUGGUUUGGUAUUUGAUCCUAAAGAAUAUGAAGAUCUUAUGUUGCAGAUUCAAAAGCAUUGCGAGAGUAAAGCAAAAGUCUGGAUGGCUGAAUGUAUACACGACCAUUUUAGCAGUCCUUGGGCUUUCUUGGCUUUUCUAGGUGCAAUUUUCGUCAUUUUCCUUACUGCGGUACAAACAUAUUUCGCUGUUUUUUCGCACUAA